GAAGGAGCCGUCCGCGAACUACGGAGGACAGACAUUCAGAAAAAUAGCGCAAUGGAUUUACUUUUUGGCGAGGAGGUGAAUGAAGAAGAACAUGAAGGAUUACCGAUUUCAGCUGAAAGACCUGGGGGAGAGGUGAAUGAAGAACAUGAAGGAUUACCGAUUUCAGCUGAAACAGCUACAUCUUGCGCACUACACGGCGAUUUAUU